UUCCGGUCCAGUUGUCAACAACCACGCGUGAUAAAAUAAAAUGCCGAAAGUUCAGAAAGGAAAACCUCCUGCGAAGGUUGUUCAUCCGUUCAGCAGGAAAGCUGCUUACUUAGCCCGAGAAGAAAUCAGGCUGAAAAAGAAAGAAAGGCAGAAAACUGACAAAGCCACACGUCUGAGCGGCACUGGCGAGAAGCUGCUGUGGUUUCAGGGAGAGCUCGAUCCGGAGAAGACAGCGUAUACUAAAAAAGAUGCUUGUGACAUCAUUGAAAGGUACCUGCAGAGAUUCGAUUCUGAACUGGAGCAGAUCGAGCUGAUGAACGGCAUCAAAGGCCGACAGGGUCGUCUUCAUGGCGCCAGAGAGGAUGUCAUCAAACAGACCAUCGAGAGAGAGCGGGCGCAGUACGAGGGUGUCGGAUUUGAGAUCCCGGACAUCAUCAACGCAAAGAAUCUGAAAACAUUCAGGGAGUGGACCGGAGAUCUGAAGAAACUUCCAAACAUUAAGCUGCGAAAGGUGUCAAACAAAGUUGCGGACACGGGUAAAGAAGGAGAGGAGAAAAACGAGGCAGAGGUGGAGGAUGAUGAUGAUGAAGAAGAUUUGGACGAUGAGCUGUUGGAUGAGAUGGACUGAAACUAAGACUCUGUGUGGGACAGCAGCCUCUAAAUCUAUGUUUUAAAAUGUGGGACUGAAAGACAGACUGCUGAAAAUACUUUUUGUACUCAGUGAUAAAAAGUGUCUGUGACUGGUAAAAGUGCUGCUACUCCAUUACUGUCCAGAAGAUGGCACCAAAACCUCACAGUGGAAACUAAAAUGUUACCAGUCUGCCCUCCUGUUGAGUCUCGUUACUGAGAAACUUCACACCAGCCAGUUGAGACGGGGGAGGAUUGGGGGUCUACGUUCAUUGUUUAUUGCACAGAUAAAUAUGCAUUGAAUGUAACCUGAAUAAUCCAUUUGAUCCAAUCACAUAUAGAAAAAAAAGGUUUUGACAAAGAUAUUGAGUGUUCUCAUGUUGUGGUGGAUUUAAAACACAGAAAACUGAAUUUUCCAUGAUGAUGUGACACUGAUUAAAAAAAUUAAACCUGUAGAAAAGUGGAGUGAAGUGUAAAGUGUUGCUCACACAGCAUCAGAUCUAGUGAA